AUGAAGUCGAAGUCAUCGACCUCGGAUUCUGCAGUCACCAAGGAUGCCCAGCCACACGCUUCGUCUGUUGUGAGAACACCUUGCCCAUACGAACAGGGCAAGUCAGUCGACCUCUUGGUGACAAAGACAUUUACUGACGAAAUCGAUGUUGGCCAAUUGAGUGUAAAUGUGACCAACCUCUAUUCGAUGACGGUCUCACCAGUGACGGAAAUUGUCUACAAGAAAAAAUUCGGGCAGUCAUUCCGCAAGGUCCCCUGGCUGCGCCAGUUAGAGUAUCUGGAGCACACUGUGAACGCAGAAGAAGCUUGGCGUGGUUGCGUCCGCGAUGGCAAGGCAGAAGCAUUGUUCGAAGAGAUCAGGACGAACCACAACACACUUCCGUGCGGCCCGGCAAAGUACUUCAUGCAACGGAGGCCGGAUCGAAAGGCCAGGUGGGAGGGGGCGCUACAGUACAACUGCCUUCGGUUCUUUGAAAACGAGACCAGGGCCUACGAGAAACUGGCCGACAUCCAGGGGCGAAGCAUCCCAAAACUUGUUGCCCAUGUGCGCGUCCUCUUGGAGGCUGAUCAUCUCAAUACCGAGGGGACGGAAGUGCAAAGCUUUUUCGCGUCAAUGGGAUCAUCAUGGAGCAGAUAG